GGUAUGGCUGAAUUAUGUGGAAUCGGAAGUGGAAUAAUAUAUCGCCCAGAAGUUCCUGUGUAAUUAAACUCCAAUGCAGCCUGGGUUAAGAGGUAAAGAGGUAGAGGUUAAGAGGGGAGGAGAAAUAGGAGAAAGGUCGGAUCCUGGUGGACGCUUUGGGGACUGCAGCCAGAAACUCAGAAGUUCUACACCUGCCAAUACUAGCAAUGCUUACUGCUAAUAAUAAUACUACUUCCUGCUUUACAAAGAAUAAAACAGGAAAACAAAAAGACAAAAAUACAAAAAGUCAAACAAUUAUGAAAAACAUUAAACUGAAUAAACAAUAAAGUAAAUAGUAAACGCACAACACACAAACAUGUUUAUGUCGAGCAAUGACGUGUUAAAAAUGGGAAUUUAUAGAAAUUCCCCAUCAAAAAGAAGACCAUUAUAAGGAUUAGACUAUGAUGAAUUAGAACUAACAAGAUUAGAUUAUUUUUUAAUGAAUGAAAAUGGUGUGAGGUUUGACGCACAUUGUGGUAGAUAAUUGGCCUGUUGGUGUCGCUGUUUUACCAAAAAGAACACGCGUCGUUGCGCUUGUGUGUGUGUGUGUGUGUGUGUGGGUGUGUGUGUGUGUGCGUGUGCGUGUGUGUGCGUGUGCGUGUGCGUGUGUGUGUGUGUGUGUGUGUGUGUGCCUGCGUGCUUGUGUGAUCAUCGAACCACACCAUCUGAUGAAUUAAACCUCUAUUCAUCGCAACAAUUAAAUUUAAUUUUGUACGAAGCCUCUCUCCCCCUCCCCUCGUCGCCUCCGUCCCGCCGCUCCUGCCGUCUAUUUAUCUCCUCACUCCUCCUCUCUAUUAAUUAUUAAGGGGGCGUAACUUGGAGACGACAGUCGGCGGUAAUCGAACCCUCGGCGUCCGGCCAGCCACCGCAUGUCCCCCCGCCGCAGGGUCCACCUCUGAGGACGGUCGGUUAUCUUUCCUCUUCUCUAGAGUUUAACGCGCGUCUCCAUGGGUGCAGCUCAACUUCGUGGAGUAAUAACGGUGUGACGUCAGCAUGCCGAACCGACAGAAGAGGACGGUGUUUUGUGUGGCAGGUGCCCUGGGCUUCGUGUGCGUAUUGACGGUGGCGGUGUCGCUGGGCCUCCCCCGGUGGCUGCACGGUACCGUGCUCUGCCACACCGGGGCCCAGCUGGUCAACGCGUCCGGAGCCGAGCUGGACAAGUUCCUGGGCCGGCUGAGCUAUGGACUCUUCCAGGGGGAGAGGGUCAAGCAGUGCGGACUUGGCGGGAGACCCCUCCGCUUCUACUUCUUCCCAGGUAUGAUCCAUGUGAUCCCAUUGGGUCUCCACGUCACCGUGCUCUUCUUCUGCGGCGUCCUGGUGCUCUUCUCCUCGCUGGCCACCGGCUUCUUCUUCUUCAACGCCUUCGGGAGCCCCUAUGAGACCCUGCAGGGCCCUCUUGGUCUCUACCUCUGGAGUGCUUCCUGCUGUGUGUGCAGCUGCCUGGUGAUGAUCCUGUUUGCUGCGGAGGUGAAGCUGAAGCACAUGUCAAGACGGAUCGCCAACUUCAACGAGGUCUUCGACUACACGACUUACAGUGAGACUUACGACGUCUCCUAUUGGCUCUUCCUUCUCGUCUUCUUCCUUAACGCACUGAACUUCCUGUUAAUCCGUGUGGCUGGGAUUGACUUCCCCUUCCGGCAAAACAAGGAGUCGGAGGUAACCACCGGAGCGGCUGACCUCCUGUACUGACCGGCUGUAGGCCCGAAACAUACGGAGCGGGAAGUUCGCCUCAUAUUGUAGCGUGACACAAAGCAGAAUAAGAAUUUAAGUAUUAAUUUAUGUAUUAAAUGGGCUUCAUUGUGCCUUCAUGAACAGGCUGGUGAAUGGAGACAGCAAAGUGGGUUGUAGAAGAGAGCGAAUGACGUGUAGCAUCCGAGACAAGGUGGGAAUCGUACCUGGGUUGCUACAAGGCAUAUUGCUUCAUGUUUACUGCAUUAGCCUGUUUAUAUGGAGGUGUACUCAAGGGUCCUGAGGUCUAGAAGGUUCUCUGAUACAGAUCUCCAUCUCUAGAGCUUAGAACCGACAGGCAGAAAGUUGAAUUACCUGUCGCCAGUUGACUCCGUUACGACCUCCGCUAGCUGGGAGUUUAAACAGCAAUGAUGUCGUUCAUCACACCUAACGAAAUGGUCACAUCAAACUUAAUUUAGAGAGCUCUUAAUUCGAAGGAAGUAAAAUGGACGUCACAUCGCUGAACCGGAGGCCAGUGUGGCUGCAGUCCACUAGACUAUCUCUUCCUCCUCAAUGUCGGGAUUUUAUGUCAUGUAGACAUAUGUGGAACUAGGUCAGUACUAUGUUAUGUAAGGGUAAGGAUCAGUACUUUGUUGGUUAGGAUCACUACUUUGUUGUGUUAGUUAGGGUUAGGGUCAGGGUUCAGGUCAGUAAUUUGUUAGUGUUAGGAUCAGGGUUAGGGUCAGUACUUGUUAAAGUUAGUUAGGGUCAGGGUUCGGGUCAGUACUUUGUAAGGUUAGUUAGGGUUAGGAUCAAGGUUAGGGUCAGUACUUUAUGGAAUAUUAGAUAGGGAUGGGAUCAGGGUUAGUCUUUACUUUAUCCUGUAACAGUCAUGGAUAUUGGAUAGUUGAGGUAGGUUCAAGUUCAGUACUUGGAAUUGUUUUCAAUGUUUAUCAGUAGUUCAUGUGUGCCAUUUUUUUAUGUCAUUUUUGAAAAGAUUCCGUACAGUAAUGUUUUAUCACUGUUUUAUCCUUCAAUAAAAUAAAACAAAAGAUCUGAUAAAGUAUUGUCUCCUUUCUUCUUGUCUUCCUGGUGAAUGGCAAUUCAUAACAAGUACCUAACCUGCCAACUUACCAACUUACCCGGCAAU